CCCCGCGACGCGCUCCCGCCGCAGCCGCGCUUCCCCGCGCCAGCGAGCUAGCGAGCGAGCGGGCGAGGCCAGCGCGGGGGCCGGGCCGCUUCCUUCUCGCCACCGCGGCGUCCUGGGGCUGGCUCCAGCCGCGAUGGCAGAGGCUGAGCGGGGCUGAGCCCGCAGCCGCCCGCAGCCCUCGGGCCCCCUUGAGUCCCUGCCAUGGCGAAACAGUACGAUGUGCUGUUCCGGCUACUGCUGAUCGGGGACUCCGGAGUGGGCAAGACAUGCCUGCUGUGCCGCUUCACCGACAACGAGUUCCACUCCUCGCAUAUCUCCACCAUCGGUGUUGACUUUAAGAUGAAGACUAUCGAAGUAGACGGCAUCAAAGUGAGAAUACAGAUUUGGGACACAGCAGGGCAGGAGAGGUACCAGACUAUCACAAAACAGUACUAUCGGCGAGCCCAGGGAAUAUUUUUAGUCUACGACAUUAGCAGUGAGCGCUCCUAUCAGCAUAUCAUGAAGUGGGUCAGUGACGUGGAUGAGUACGCUCCAGAAGGAGUCCAGAAGAUCCUAAUUGGGAAUAAGGCUGAUGAAGAGCAGAAACGGCAGGUGGGGAGAGAGCAGGGGCAGCAGCUGGCUAAGGAGUACGGCAUGGACUUCUACGAAACAAGUGCCUGCACCAACCUUAACAUUAAAGAGUCCUUCACUCGUCUGACAGAGCUGGUGCUGCAGGCCCACAGGAAAGAGCUGGAUGGUCUCCGAACACGUGCCAGCAACGAGCUCGCACUGGCCGAGCUGGAGGAAGACGAAGGCAAACCUGAGGGCCCAGCAAACUCUUCAAAGACCUGCUGGUGCUGAGGGUUCUGAGUGGAAUCCCCCAGCCCCCUUCCCUCAGGAGGCCCGUGGAGGCAGGGAGUCUGGGCUUUGCCCACCACCGUCCUUUCAUUUGACAAUCCUGUUGAAAACCAGUAGCUGCUACUCCCCUGCCUGGCCCUUCGAGCAGCUCUGCUGUGGUCUCUGAGCAGCCUCUGCCCCCAGCCCCUCUAAUUCUGGAGUGGUGACCUUUCAGCCUGUUUCCCAGCCGCAGGCCUCCUGUGACCCCAGAAUGUGCUGCGACCACCCCAGGCUUCUGGGAUGCUGGUCAAGGCUGGAAUCAAGGCCACUUCAAGAUUCCUUAGUGCAUCUCGUGGGCUCUCUGCUUUUUCUCUUCUUUCUUCUCUUUCUCCACUCCCUCCCCUCCCUUGUAAUUCGCAUCCCCCAUCAUCCCAGUCUCUCCUCCCUUGUCUGUGUGUCCUGCCAAGCACUGCUACUGCAGUUCCUUCCUUCUUUCCUUCCUGAUUCUGCCUAAGGGAAUGGACCCAGGCUCUGCCCCAGGGAGGACUGUUCACCCUGCUCCGGGGUGGGCUGAAGGCUAAGGGUGCUUCUUCCUCCUUGUGCCGUGGGCUGCCUCCCCAGUGGCCUGGGAAGGUAGAACACUGAGGUAGGAAGGAAACACUACUAGGUGGCCCUCAAGCCUGGACUGGCCUCUUCUGCCUUUGCCUUCUGCUGGUGUUCUGGCCUUGCCUGGCUGCCUCUGUGCCUCUGUGAGGAACUGAGUCCAGAGGCAGGCACAGCAGAGAAGAAAAACCGAAAGAAACGAUGGGGUGGCAGGGAUUAAGUCACCUCUGUUCUCUACCUCCCAUGCCUCUCUCCUCACCUGGAUUCACAAAUUUAAAGAUGGGGAUCGAGGUCUGAGGACACCAAAGGGCAAGGGGAGCCUUGGGGUCAGAUACUGUAUAGUCAGCUGUGAACUCCAGAUAGAGGCAAGAGCGGAUGUGCGGGCUCCCAGAACCAGGGUUAGAGCAAGAGCAGAGGGAGCUUCGCAGAACAGCGAGUGCUGUGGCGACUGCAGGGCAUCAGAGGUGACAAGUAAUCAACCACUCCUCUUUCACUGAACCCAGCCUUAGGAAGUUAAGGUUUCCCCAGAUCUGGACAACAGGCCUUAAGACAAGGGAAGAGAAGGGUGGGUAUGACGGAAAUACUUGGUGCUGUUCUGCCUUCCAGGACUCCCUCCCCCUGGUUCCCUUAUUUCUAAGUCGGCUUUGCCAGCUGCUGUGUGGCUACCAAGGGAGGGAAAGAGACACCCUCCUCCAGAGUUCUUUGCUCAGGAAGUUUCUUUAACCCUGUGGUCCAAGAGUAGCUUGAAGGAGGCCCCUGAAAAACAAACAAACAAACAAAGCCAACCCUGGUAGGGUUCGUCCUUACAUUCCCAAGGUGGGAGGAGCUCAGGUAAGAGAAGAGUCCCAAGAUGCACUUCAAACCUGGGGCUGGAGCCAAAGCAGAGGAAGAACUGGGCACUGACCAAGGUCCUUUCAAAUCCAGGGCACAGCUGUGAUGACAGAGAGCCCCACACCUCUUUAGUCCUCUAAAAAGGGAGAUGGGGGGGAAAUCAAUGGGGAUCUCUCCCUGACUUAGCAAACAAGGAAACAGGCAGAAGAGAACAGCUCAGGAUUACCGGUGGAGGGAAAAGGAGCCAUUGUUCGCUAAAGAGAAACAGUGUUGUGAAGACUGGACCAUGACUGGCUGAGGUGGCUUCCUUGGGGACUGACUCCUGGGUAGUAGUAAGCCUUAGGUAGCAGACCUGCCUUCAGCCAGGGACCUGAGGGGAGCUUCUACAGGGCACAGGCUGUCCCAAGUGUCACUGUCUUCUUGUCCCAGCCUCUUAAGAAAGGACUUGAUUUUUAUUACCUUGAGGAUUCUGGGAGGGAAUCCGGGGCUGUGACUCUGUACCCUGGUCACUCUGAAGUAUAGCAACAGAAGGAAGCUGGGAUAUGAAGAACACCUGUGCUUGCUCUGUUCUGGAGUUUGCCUCACCCUAACUGCCAGUCUGGGAUGUGGCUUGGGCUGUGUCAUUGGCCUUGACUGUUCAGCAGGCUUUCCUGGCCUGUCUGCCCAUGACCUGAGAUCAACUCACCCUGGUACACCACCUGAGUCCCACUAUCUCCCUGUGAUGGGUGACCUUUGUGUACUGUGUCUUGGGUCCAUUAUAUGAAUUGUGAGCAGGGUUCAUCUAUUUUAAACACAAAUGUUUACAAAAUAAAGAAUAUUUCAAACCAUA